UGCCUGUAGUUUGGUGACAUCAGCAGGUCAGGUGACUGUGACGGGCCUGAUCGUCUGAGACCGGCUAGUUGGCAGUGCUGAAGGCUGCUUGUGGGGGGGAAGUAUGUGUUUGUGCUGCGGUUUGACUGUCCUUAUGUAGUUUGCCCUCGGUGUUUCCGUAGAUGAAGCUGUAGCUCCCUAUUGGCGGAAGUCUUGUUCCCAAGAGGGAGACUCGCAGACAUGGAGGAGAAGUACAGCAGUAAUGUCAUGAGCAGCGGCCGCCUGGGGCCAGUGGAUGCGCCAGAGUCCAGGUUAACUCGAUACAUUGUGCUCCUGUGCUUCACAAAGUUUUUGAAGGCUCUUGGAAUAUUUGAAUCCUAUGAUCUAUUAAAAGUGGUCCACAUUGUACAGUUUAUCUUUAUAUUAAAACUAGGUUCUGGAUGUUUCAUGGUUUUGUUUCAAAAGCCAUUUUCGUCUGGAAAGACAAUUACAAAACGACAGUGGGUCAGUAUUGUAAAACAUGCUUUUGUAAGCUGCAUUAUCUCACUCCUGUGGUUCUUUGGCCUGACGCUCUGUGGCCCACUAAGGACCUUGCUGCUGUUUGAGCAUAGUGAUAUUGUAGUCAUUUCAUUGCUCGCUGUGCUUUUUACUGGUUCUGGAGGAGGGCCAUCCAAGACUCGGGGAGCUGCAUUCUUUAUUAUUGCCGUGAUAUGUUUGCUGCUUUUUGAUAAUGAUGAUCUCAUGGCGAAAAUAGCUGAGCACCCUGAAGGGCGCCAUGACAGUGCACUCACACACUUCAUGUACCGAGCUUUUUCACUCUUAGGAGUUGCUGACCAUAAGGGAGGAGUACUGCUGCUUGUGUUGGCUUUAUGUUUCAAUGUUGGUUUUCACACAGCUUCCAGAAAGCUCUCUUUAGAUAUUGGUGGUGCCAAGCGUCUUCAGGCUUUGUCUCACCUUGUCUCUGUAAUAAUACUGUGCCCAUGGGUCAUCUUCCUUUCUGCAACUACCGAGAGCAAAGUAGAGUCCUGGUCUGCACUCGUAAUGCCUUUUAUGACUGUCAUUUUUUCUGUCAUGAUUAUGGAUUUUUACGUAGAAUCUGUUUGUUCUGUUAAAAUGGAGCCUUCAAAAUGUGCUCGUUAUGGGUCCUUCCUCAUUUUUACUAGCGCGCUGCUAUUGGGUAAUUUCUGGACCCAUCCAAUAACUGAUCAGCUGCGGGCCAUGAAUAAACCUGCACAUCAGCAGAGUACUGAGCAUGUGCUGUCUGGGGGUGUAGUGGUCAGUGCCAUCUUCUUCAUUCUGUCUGCACAAAUCUUGGCAUCAUCUUCAAGAAAAGGACAGAAGGGCACGCUGGUGGGUUACUCCCCUGAGGGCACACCGCUGUAUAACUUUAUGGGAGAUGCUUUGCACAAUACUUCCCCCUCCAUGCCCAGGUUCCUGAAAGAUUCACUGAAGCAAAUCCUAGACGAGUACGACUCCAGACAGAUCUUCUACUUCCUGUGUCUAAAUCUGGCUUUCACGUUUGUGGAAAUCUUCUAUGGAGUGUGGACCAAUAGUCUGGGGUUAUUAUCUGAUGGCUUCCACAUGUUGUUUGACUGCUCUGCAUUAGUGAUGGGCCUUAUUGCUGCAUUAAUGUCUCGGUGGAAAGCAACCCGAAUCUUUUCUUAUGGGUAUGGCCGGGUAGAAAUUCUGUCUGGGUUUAUCAACGGGCUGUUCCUGGUGGUUAUAUCAUUUUUCGUGUUUAUUGAGGCUGUGGCCAGGAUAUUUGACCCUCCAGACAUCAAUACAGACAUGCUUACACCUGUCUCAGUUGGAGGACUGAUCGUAAACCUUGUUGGUAUCUGUGCUUUCAGCCAUGCCCAUUCCCACGGGGCUUCACGAGGAGGUUGUCCUUCUCAUGAUCACGGCCAUUCUCACCACGGACACAGUCACGGGCACAACCACAGUCACUCGCAUAGUGACCACGGGCAUACCCAUAACCAUGGACAUAACCACAACCAUGGACACGCUCAUGGGUCUGCUGGAGUAGGGAUGAAUGCAAAUAUGAGAGGUGUGUUCUUACACGUACUGGCAGAUACACUUGGAAGUGUUGGAGUGAUUGUAUCCACCAUCCUGAUUCGACAGUUCGGCUGGCUGAUUGCAGACCCCUUAUGCUCACUAUUCAUUGCCGUCUUAAUAUUUGCCAGUGUUCUACCUUUGCUUAAGGAUGCCUGUCAGGUGAUUCUUCUGAGGAUACCACCAGAAACUGAAAAAGGAGUAAACAUUGCACUUGAAAAGAUAUCUAACCUUGAUGGUCUAAUCUCCUACCGGGAUCCACAUUUCUGGCGCCAUUCUGCCUCUCUCAUUGCAGGGACUAUACAUGUUCAGGUGCUGUCAGAUGUUGUAGAGCAGAGGAUCAUCCAGCAGGUGACGUCCAUUCUAAAGGAUGCAGGAGUGAAUAACCUCACAGUGCAAGUAGAGAAAGAAUCUUACUUCCAGCACAUGUCUGGCCUAAGUGCCGCAUUUCAAGAUGUCCUUGUCAUGACCAAACAGAUGGACACUAUCAAAUACUACAAGGAUGGCACUUAUAUCAUGUGACCGAAAACCUCAACGUCUAAACAGUAUUCAUCCGUCUUUUUUUGUCCUGGGAAUAAACGCACAGACUUUGUACAUAGUUGUACAGAUAUAAGACUUUCUAUAGAUUUUAUAAGUCACCGUUCUUCUGUCUUUUUAGAGACUGGAUCGGGAUGUUUUAUAUAUAAAUAUGGAUUGUGGUAAGAAUGGCUCUUUAUUUUAAAAUAAUGGGAUUGAGAUCUUCAGUGUUUUGUCUUUGUAUAAUAAUAAAUCUCGUGGUGGCCACUCCUUCAAGAGUUGGUUCAUUUCACCAUUCCUACAGA